UGCCUCACUGCCGUCAUUUUGCAGCACAAGCACAAGCACCAAGCACCUCCACCUAUCCGCUGGGGGGCUUUUUUUUUCUUGUUGGCGCUUGUCCUAGCCUGCAGCUGCAUAUCCAUCACGCCUCACAGAUCUCCGUUCAGCUUAUCUUGCUGCUGCUACUCUUGCGCCCGCCGAGGUAACAACUUGGCCCUCCUUCCACCUGUUAAUCAUCCUUUAUAUUCUCAUCGGCGCCCCUCCUUACUUCCCAUCGCCAUCUUCCUCCCAUACUGCAUGCUCCGCCUCUUUGCUCCUCGGCGACUCCUUUGCCCCUCUACCACCACCUUUCUGACUUCGAUUCAAACUUCCCUUCGUCCUCAACAGCCGCUGCGACACUUUACUACUUCUCCCUUUCGCCAAUUCCAGCUCUCUGCAUUCAAAAUGACUGGCGCAACUACUCUAGGCGGCCACAGCAAGAAGCACAAGGUCACCAUUGUGGGAUCUGGCAACUGGGGCUCAACCAUCUCCAAGAUUGUCGCCGAAAACACAAAAGAGAACAAUGACUUGUUUGAAGAGGAGGUCCAGAUGUGGGUGUUCGAGGAGAACGUGACCAUCCCCAAGGACUCCAAGCACUACGACGCCUCUGUUGGCGACGCUCCUCAGAAGCUCACAGAAGUUAUCAACAAGUACCACGAGAAUGUCAAAUAUCUCCCUGGCAUUACUCUCCCCACAAACCUCAUCGCCAACCCUUCGCUCGAAGACGCCGUCAAAAACUCCACCAUCCUCAUCUUCAACCUCCCUCACCAGUUUAUCCACAACGUCUGCAACCAGCUUCGCGGCCACAUUCUGCCCUACGCUCGCGGCAUUAGCUGCAUCAAGGGUGUCAAUGUUACCGACGACUCUGUCAGCCUGUUUAGCGAAUGGAUCGGCGAGGACCUCGACAUCUACGUCGGUGCCUUGAGUGGUGCCAACAUUGCCAACGAAAUUGCCGCCGAGAAGUGGUCCGAGACGACCAUUGCGUACGAUCCUCCACCAAUGGACAACAGCCGUGCCCCGACUCCUCGAUCCGGCAGCCCGAACCAAGCUGGUGCCGAUAUCCCCCAGAUUGUCACCCACCGCGACGCCCGUGGCCGCGAAUCGAAGACGAAGCUUACCCCAGUCCCCGCCGAGUACCCUCCUCUCGACCACGAGAUCUUCCGACAGCUCUUCCACCGCCCAUACUUCCACGUGCAGAUGGUCUCUGAUGUCGCAGGUGUUUCCCUUGGUGGCGCACUUAAGAACGUCGUUGCUCUCGCUGCUGGCUUCGUCGAUGGACGCGGAUGGGGUGACAACGCCAAGGCUGCUAUUAUGCGCAUUGGCCUCAUGGAAAUGGUCAAGUUUGGCAAGGAGUUCUUUGGUCAGACUGUCCGAACAAGCACAUUCACCGAAUCCUCUGCUGGUGUUGCUGACUUGAUCACGUCGAGCUCUGGUGGACGCAACUUCCGCUGCGCCAAGAAGGCCAUUGAGAAGGGCAUCUCCGUCGAAGAAGUUGAGAAGCAGGAUCUCAACGGCCAGAAGCUGCAAGGUACCUCUACAGCCUUUGAAGUUUAUGAUUUCCUCAAGGCCAAGGGCAAAAAUGCAGACUACCCUCUCUUUACUGCUGUCCGUGAUAUCCUCAAGGGUUUGAAGACUGUUGACGAUAUUCCUUCGCUUGUCUCCAGGGUGGAGAGAGCUCAGCCCAAGAUGUAAUUGCGAGAAAAGUAAUAAUGAAUUAUAUCAAUACCGGUUGGAUGUGGGACUAUAUCACACUUUGUUUUACUCUUUACAUAGCGAUUUUGAUUACUUGGAGUUUUUGAAUAACCAUAAUUAUUAUCCAUUAAACGAUU